GAAAGAGUCGAGCCACUCUACGGAUGAGACGACUGCGAAAGCUUUAAUAGUCUUCCAUCAAAGCCUAAGACCAUGACUGCCAUUGAUCAGACAUGUAUGUCAUAGAGCUUCGAGUCGAUCCAUAAUCUGACCUACUCCCUCCUACACCGAGUCUACGAUCGACGUCCUGCCGCAGUCGCAUGCACCUUCGCCUACCAAGACUGGGAUUCGCCGCCCUGGUUCCCAGUGAACAGCGACUUCGAAAUGGCCUCCAUGAGCAAGAGAACUCAAGCGCGCAAUGAGAGAGAGCUGCAUGAUCUACUUCGUACGCCCGGAAACUCACAAUGCGCCGAUUGUGGUGCAAAGAAUCCAGCCUGGGCAAGCUGGAAUCUGGGAGUCUUUCUGUGCAUGCGAUGCGCAUCAUUGCACAGGAAGUUAGGCACACAUAUUUCGAAGGUCAAGUCACUGAGUAUGGACACAUGGACGGCGGAGCAAGUUGAGAGCAUGAAACGCAACGGGAAUAAUGCAGUAAACAAGGUCUACAAUCCCAGAAACAAGAAGCCCGAUAUGCCCCUUGAUGCGGACGAGGUGGACUCUGCCAUGGAGCGGUUCAUACGCAAGAAAUAUCAAGAGAAGAGUUUGGCAGAUGGAAGACCAGAACCUCCACGUCGCGACGACAAUCCACCAACGACUUAUUCGAGACCCCAGCAGGAAGACUCCCCUCCUCCCCCUCUACCGCCAAAGAAAGGCAAGCUUUUCGGUUUCAGUCUCCGAACAUCGGCUUCGGCACUACCCCUGUCAAGGCACGACAAGAAGAAAGCGGCCAAAGAAAGAAGCAUGGAUAGCAACUUCCAAGUACCCGCGGACGAUUAUAACUCCAUGUCGAGAAUGGCGGACUCACGUUUUGAGAUGACGGACGCGGACCUACAGAAGAAGUUGAACAUGCUAUUAGACAUGGGCUUCUCGGAUGUGGAACGCAAUACGAACUUACUUCGGAGACUGAAUGGAAACGUCGAAAGGACUAUUGCAACGCUGGUUCAGCUAGGGUCAAGUGAAAGCAACAAGUCUUCAACCACCAGAAGGCCACAAGACUACACCCCUUCGACCGAAUUUCCGCCCGUCACGACAGCUCCAAAGUCUUCGGAACCGUCUUAUAACCCGUUCAUACAGACAAGCAAUCAAGCUACCGUUGGUCUUUCCAUGGGUCAGCCUCAGGCGGCCCCUGCUCAGCAAUAUGCUAGCAACAACCCUUUUGGUCAGCCACCACGGAGUCAGACUGAUGCUGGUCUUGAGCAAUCGUUCCAGUCCAUGCAGAUCGCCCAGCCAUUGUUCCCUCACAGUACUGGGGGCUAUCCUGCCCAGCAUGCUCCUUUGCAGGACCCGCGCUUGCAAUAUUCCAUGACUCCUCCGGUCCCCUCAACAAACUUCCAGCAAGGCUACAUGGCAUCGCCUGCGGCUAUGCCCGCGAACACAAACCCAUUCUUUCAAUCUGCUCCUAUCUCGUCUCAGUCGACUGGCAACAACCCAUUCCUUGCCCAGACACAGCCCAGCGCUGCACCUUCAUCACAUUCGACCAAUCCAUUUUUGGGCUUUCAACAAGGACAACCGACACAAAGUCCCCUUCGCCAGAGUUCACUCCCUGCCACCAUGAAUCCUUUCGGCAUACCACCGUCACAGUUCCCUCCUCAGGCGUCGCAGCAGCAGACGGUUGGUGCGUCGGUGUCGCAAGCACCAGACUUCUUCGGCGCUGCUCAGGCGAAUUCAUUCGGAAACCAGAACAAUCCAUUUCAAACCCAGCAAAUGCAGCAACAACCACAGCAGCAGAUGCCCCAGUCUCCAGCCCCGCAAACACCCACGGGCUAUGCAAACUUCCAAUAUGCCCAGCCUCAAAGCCAACAACAGCCCCAGCAGGCGCAGAUGCCGCACUACCAACAGCAACAAUUUGGCCAGCAAUCUCAACCUCUCAUGUCCCAACAGACAGGUCGCCACGACAAAAACUCCAUCAUGGCCCUGUUCAACUACCCUCAACUUGCACCCCAACCGCUCGCGUCCAUCCCCGAACCUGCAGACCUGCAGCCAAAUCAGCAACAAGUCGUCUCACCCGCGCCAUCGGGGGACAUCUUUGGUCAGCCAAAUUCUCCCACACCCACGAAGCGCAGCGCUACGAUGCCAGUCUCGCUGUCGAACAUGCACUCGGCUGGCGGCGCUGGAAGUCGUAAUCCGUUCCUGACGAACGCCGCAAGUACGAAUGCGAAUGCCACUUUUGGAGUCAAUUCGCCACCGCUUGCCAGUGCUAUGCAGAAUCAGAUGCAGUCGCCACAAGGGAUUGCUGCGAGGCACGCUAGUCGAGAUAGUAUGCUCAUCAGCGGCCUGGAGAGUGGAAGACAUAGUCCCGAUGCAUUUGCGAAUUUGAGCGCACGAUACCAAUGAGGUCUAGUGACGUGAAGGACUAUCGCGAGGGCAUGUUGAGAAAAGACUAUGUAGCAUCUACCCAAGUACUGACAUCGAUGUUUUGAGUCGUCGCUAGAGUACGGUCUGAUACGAUGCCCGGUGCUGCAGCGAGAAAAAGAAGGGGAGAUAAUAUCCCAACGAGGGCUGAAUAGCCGGAGAUAGUUACGAAUUUCCUUUGCUCUUGCCUCCUGCCUGCUCUUCUUGAUUGUUGAUGAGUGGCUAUCUAAGCCAUUACUGGUGUAUAAUAUCCGAGGCGAAACAGGCGCGAAAGCACUUCAGACAUACCAUGAUCUAG